GGCUCCUCCCCCACGGGGGUGGGCCUGAAUAGGAUAAAGCUCCACCCCCUCUGACCCGCCCCCGGCCCCCGGUGCGAAUUUUGCGCUGGGGAGCGGCGGGCGAUGCUGGAGGCGCGCGGAGCUGGGGAGCGGCUGGACUCGGCGCCGCAUCUCCCCCGCCCCGAGCGGACUCUGCCCUCCCACCAACUGCGGCGUCCCUGGACCCUCCGGAGCCCCUUGAGCCUCGAGCCGGCGGCUUCCUCCUAGUGACGGGACAGGCGCUGCAGACCGAGCCUGGCAAUGCCGUUUGGCUGUGUGACUCUGGGAGAAAAGAAGGACUAUAACCAGCCAUCUGAGGUGACAGACAGAUAUGACUUGGGGCAGGUCAUCAAAACGGAAGAGUUCUGCGAGAUUUUUCGGGCCAAGGAUAAGGCGACAGGGAAACUGCAUACCUGUAAGAAGUUCCUAAAGCGAGAUGGGCGGAAGGUGCGCAAAGCAGCCAAGAAUGAGAUCAUCAUUCUGAAAAUGGUGAAGCACCCCAACAUCCUGCAGCUGGUGGACGUGUUUGUGACCCGCAAAGAAUAUUUCAUUUUCUUGGAGUUGGCCACAGGGAGGGAAGUGUUUGACUGGAUCUUGGACCAGGGAUACUACUCAGAGCGAGACACAAGCAAUGUGGUACGGCAGGUCCUGGAAGCCGUGGCCUACUUGCACUCCCUGAAGAUUGUGCAUCGAAACCUCAAGCUGGAGAAUCUGGUGUACUACAACCGACUAAAGAAUUCCAAGAUUGUCAUCAGUGACUUCCACCUGGCCAAGCUAGAGAAUGGACUCAUCAAGGAACCCUGCGGGACCCCAGAGUACCUGGCCCCUGAGGUGGUCGGCAGACAGAGAUAUGGACGGCCUGUAGACUGCUGGGCAAUUGGAGUCAUCAUGUAUAUUCUGCUGUCAGGAAACCCCCCCUUCUAUGAGGAGGUGGAAGAAGAUGAAUAUGAAAACCAUGACAAAAAUUUGUUUCGCAAGAUUCUUGCUGGAGACUACGAGUUUGACUCCCCAUACUGGGAUGACAUCUCACAGGCAGCCAAGGAUCUGGUGACUCGAUUGAUGGAAGUUGAGCAGGACCAGAGGAUCACUGCUGAGGAAGCCAUCUCCCAUGAAUGGAUUUCGGGAAAUGCUGCUUCGGAUAAAAACAUCAAGGAUGGAGUCUGUGCCCAGAUUGAGAAGAAUUUUGCCAGGGCCAAAUGGAAGAAAGCUGUCCGAGUUACCACACUCAUGAAACGGCUCCGGGCUCCUGAGCAAUCCAAUGCAGCUGCUGCCCAGGCUGCUCCAGCCACGGACACUGCCAACCCAGCAGCAGGAGCCACGUCUGCAGCUACAAGUGGUACCACGGCAGCUCCUGAAGGCAGUGCCGCUCCAGCUGCAGAGAGCACUGCUGCAUCUGCUGCUAAAAGCGGUGACACGUCUGCCACCGACGGCAGUGCCACCCCAGCCACUGACGGCAGUGCCACCCCAGCCACCGACGGCAGUGCCACCCCAGCCACCGACGGCAGUGUCACUCCUGCCACCGACAGGAGUGCUACGCCUGCCACCGAUGGGAGUGCUACACCAGCGAGUGGGGGGAGAGUCACACCUGCUACAGAAGAGCACACAACACCGGCUCCCCAAAGCAGCAAUGUGUCUGCUGCCAAGGCAGCUGUGUCUCCUGAGCUGGCCCCGGCCCAACCGGACAGCACAGCCUCGGGGGUCCAGUCGGUACAGGCCCCAUCCACGUGUAAAGGAGAAGAGGCUGCCAGCCCCGCCCAGGAGGCGAGGAGCGAGGAGACCGGCUGAGCCGGGCAGGGGAUUGGGUGGAGGGAGGGUGAAGGGGUGGGUGGGCAUGGGGGAGGGUCUCACUGUACAUAGAGUCACUGGCAUGACAACCCCUGUUUCUUGGAAGGGCCACAGCCAGGCCAAGUCAUUUGGCAGCCUGUGGUCAGGGAUGUGGCCUGCCCCCCUCCCCUGUGGGGUGGAUCCCUGGGGGCUGCAAGAGAGCUGUCACUUCUUCUGUAUGUGCCAGUGGGUGGGGGAGGCCCCAGCUGGCCCCAGCCCCUGCAUGGACUUUUUGUGGCUUCUUUUGUCUUUUGCUGACUUCUUUUUCUGUUCCUUGCUGGACAUUGUUCUAGGAACACUGCACCCCCCACUCCCUUCCCCUCUUCCCUCAGGGUUCCCCCAGGCCCCACAGGUCUUGUCCACUCCCAGGUCCUAGCCUUUGGCGGGGGAGGCUUCCCCUGAGAGCUGGUCAUGUGGUGUGGCUGUGGAAUAAGAGAUCAAGGUGACCCCCUCAGCCUCUCUGGUGAAUGUAGGGGUCCCCCUUUGCACAUGGACGGGAAGGUUAGGGGUAGGAGGUGACAGAAGCCUUGGUACAGGUUAUUUAAGAGUGUAGAGUGCAAAGCAAGCAACCCCCUCUUCUAGCCUCCCUGCCCCAAGAAAGUAGAUAAAAGGGGGGGAAUGAGGUAGAAAAUGUAGAACAGCAAUGGGUAUGCAGAAACAGAAGGAAGCUGUUCUAACUGCACCUUCACCCUGGCCUCCUUGGAAAUCUUUGCCAUCCUUGCUUCUAAGUCCCACCCUCCCAGACUCCUGAUAGCUUUGGAGCAAUCCUGAAAAAUGCCCCAGUGGGCCAAGGGAUCAAGAGAAUAACACUGGAUUGGGCAGCUAAAUUGGAUGGGGAAGCACCAGGGAUGGCUUGAGCUGAGGCCUGAGCCCUCAUCGUGGGAAUGAGCAGAAAGGCUGAAGAGGGGAAAGAGGGAUGGAUUGGAGGGGUGAGGCCAGAAGGAGGGGCCAGGUGCUAUGGUCUCUACUGUGGACAGCCUGGGCCCUGCAAGAGAGCAGGGGCUGAAGUUCAGUAGGUCUCCAAAGUCCCAUUUGUUCCAGCCUAGCCCCCUUCUCUCCUUCUUCUCAGGCUGCCAACCCGUUACCCAAACCUGGUAGUACCCACAAUAUAUUGAUUUCCUAUUGUUUCUAUACUUUGGGGAUCUGCCUCUUCUUGAAUUGAUUUCUUGAUCACCCAUUUCACCAACAAUAUGGAGGUAGAAAAAUUCAGUGUUCUUUAGUCCUGUCCCGUCCCCCACUAGGGCUUGGAGGGAGGUCUAGAAUACAACACCUUGCUAACCUUGCAAGGGUCCUGGAGAAAUCCCAAGUUUCUUUCUCUGAAAGAGGAGAAUGUGGGCUAGGUUCUAUUUUGCCCGCCUAGGGAGAUAAGGAUCAAGGGAAGAAACUUGGCAGGUACCCUUUGUAAGAACCUGCUGCUAAGGGCAAGGGCAGCUAUGCCAGCCCCCUGCCCCAAUGUCUCUACCCCAGGCUGUGCUAGGCUUCCUGCCCCCUGCCUGAGGGUUUCUGCAAUGGUUGUGCCCCAGCUCCCCCUGCAUGCCCGUGGGUUUGCUGUGGCGUGCAGAGGCCAGAAGGGCUAGACCGUGUGUCUUGCUGUAACUGGCAAAUAAAUGUCACCCUGCCAAAGCC